CGUUCGGUAUUCCUCUCUUCAAAGUCGAUGAACCAGCCUGGAGUUCUAGGACUAGUUCAGACCAACCCCAUUUUGACUUUUCUGCAAAUUGCUUUCCACACCCUCUCCUGCCUGUUUCUGCAAUCCUCUCUGCCUCCUUCCAGUCCCAAAUGAAUCUCCAAAGCUUCAUCUGCGGAGCUUGUUGUCGUUGCUUGGUCCUUGUCGUCGUCCUUGCCAGCAUAGUCUAUCAGGCUGUAGCGAAUGAUGCGAAGUAUGAGGCCUGCGCACCUCAGAACUGCGGAGACGGCCUGAAUAUCAGCUACCCUUUUUGGAUUUCGGGGGAGCAAGAGUCCUAUUGUGGCUAUCCGAAUUUUGAGAUUACCUGUGUAGAGAAAUACCCUGUCCUGAAUUUCCCAGAGGGUGAGUUCUUCAUUAACGAAAUCUUCCAUGUGAACCAUUCUAUCCUCGUGGUUGAUGCCCUCGUGCACAAUGACACCUGUGGUGCUCCGCCUUCAUUAUAUCAGCUUCGAAGGACGCCUUUCAAUCUGAGUUCCACUAAUGCCGAUUUCUUCUUCUAUUAUAAUUGCACCUUGCCGCUGCCACAAAAUUUUGCAUAUCCAGUGAGCUGUGCUAGCAACUACGCCAACUAUUCUUUUGCUCUUUUCCCCAAGGAAGCAUUGCAAGACCCGGAUGUGCAUUAUGCCGUCCACUCCUGCAGUUCUCCAGUUAGUGUACCUGUUCAUGUUAAUGCAAAUACCACUAGCUUGGCGACUAUGGAUUACCGUAAGAUUAUGGAGAUGGGGUUCCUUUUGAACUGGACCGCAAUUGAUUGCAGUGACUGUGAGGAAAGUGAGGGACGGUGUGGAUUCGAGAACAAUAAUUUCGUUUGUUUUUGCCAAGAUGGCCCUCAUUCUCAAACCUGCAAUGAUGGAGAACCAAAUAAAGGACGGAAACUAGUAGUAGGUUUUGCUUCAGCAGGUGGAACAGCAGGCGGAAUUGUGAUCAUAGCAAUUAUUAUCUUCAUCUAUCGAUCUCGCCAAAGAAAAAAAUAUAAGCAGUCAUCCUUUGCCUCAGGAAGCACCUCCUCAAUUUACUCCUCCAGGACAGAUUUUGAGAAGGGCAGUGUCUACCAUGGAUUGCCCAUCUUUGACUACAACGAACUUAAGAAUGCUACAAACAAUUUCGAUCCAGCAGCGGAACUUGGUGAUGGAGGCUUUGGCACUGUUUUCAAAGGCAAACUUCAAGAUGGGCGUGUAGUUGCAGUCAAGAGAUUGUAUGAAAGCAACUACAAAAGAGUUGAGCAGUUCAUGAAUGAAGUCGAAAUACUUGCUCGCUUACACCACCCAAAUCUAGUCUCACUGUAUGGCUACACCUCCCGGCACAGCCGUAGACUCCUGCUUGUGUAUGAAUAUGUGCCAAACGGCACAGUGGCUGAUCAUAUUCAUGGCGAUUUAGCUAAACCCAGCUCGCCCCCAUGGUCCACCCGUUUGAAAAUAGCCAUAGAAACUGCAAACGCAUUGGUGUAUCUCCACGCAUCUGAUGUUAUCCAUCGAGAUGUGAAGACCAACAAUAUCCUGCUGGACGAGAAUUUCACUGUCAAGGUUGCGGAUUUCGGUUUGUCGCGCCUCUUCCCAUUGAAUGCCACUCAUGUUUCAACUGCUCCUCAAGGGACACCAGGUUAUGUCGAUCCAGAGUACCACCAAUGCUACCAGUUGACUGAGAAGAGCGAUGUAUAUAGCUUUGGAGUAGUCUUAAUGGAGCUCAUAUCUUCCUUGCCAGCCGUUGAUAUCAUGAGGCAUCACCACGAGAUAAAUCUAUCCGCCCUGGCCAUUAACAAGAUCCAAAGCCAUGCGUUGCACGAGCUUGUAGAUCAAAAUCUUGGGUUUGAUACAGUCAAUAGGACUAGAGAAAUGAUUACUGCGGUGGCAGAGUUGGGGUUCCGGUGCUUGGAAGAAGUCCACGACAUGAGGCCAUCCAUGGAAGAGGUAUUGGAUACACUAAAGGAAAUACAAAACCGUGGAGACAACAUGGAGAAGUCAGACCAAACGGAUAAUAUAUCAGAUGAUGCUGUUCUGUUGAAGAACAAUCCAUUAACAUUUUCGCCGGUUUCGGUCGCGGCGAAAUGGGUUAGCAAUGAUUCGACACCCAAUGCCAGUGGUUAGGUUGCCAUUGCAGGAGACGAGAUCUUUUGAAGAUUGCUGAUUUGUACAGUAGUGAGGUAAUGUGCAUGAGCGAGGUAAAGAGGACAGCCACAUGGUAUUUUUCCUUUGUUUGUUAUCAUAUUCUUCCAUACCGGGCAUCUUUACUGAGAUGGGAAUAUUAUGUGGAUGAGAUAUAGCAGUUGGCACACUUUCAUCUUUGUUUUCUCUUCUAAAUUGAGCAUGAGAGCUUAGCCUCUCUUUUUGGGUAGGUACGUGACCACGAAACAGUUCAACAUUGACUUCUAUAGUGUGUUGAAUGUCUCGUUCAUACCAUCCACGGCAUUGCCCGAAAAGCUUUGUUUGGAUUUCUGCCUAAAAUGAUACAUGAACCGAGAGCGAUCUGAUAGAAUAGCCAUGGCUUCUGUUCUUCCUAGUUUUUCCAUGGAAGCAAUUGCAGGAAAUGGAUUACUAUUCUACCACCA